AUGUACAUCGUCACAGAGUAUCUUGGUGGAGGGACUUUGCAAGAGUACAUCAAUGAUGCUAGCAGAGUUAAAACAUGGCAUCAACGGGUGAGCUUUGCGAUUGACGGUGCGCGAGCGCUUGCGUAUAUUCACAUGAAAGGAAUUACCCACAGAGAUCUGAAGAGUGAGAAUUUUCUGCUCACCGAGAACAACAGGCUGAAACUGACUGAUUUUGGCCUCAGCCGUAAGAUAUCAACUAUGAAAGAUGAUCGGAUGAGCUACUGUGGAACGGAGUAUAUGCAAGCACCAGAGCUGCUUAUGUGUAUUGAUUUCGACCACCGUGUGGAUGUCUUCAGUUUUGGACUGGUGCUGCUCGAACUCAUACUAAAUCAAACCCACAGCGAGGAUAACCAUUUGCUGGAUCGAGACUUCCGUACACUCGGACUGAAGCUAGACGAUGUCAAAGGGAGUAUCCCACAUGAUUGCCCGACCGAGCUGACUGAACUCGCCCUGCUAUGUUGUUCUGUUGAAAAGGAAGAAAGGCCUUCAUUCAAAGAAAUACUGGCUAAGUUGAGGCAUAUAGAAGCUCAGCCUCCCAAGGAGAAUACGAAUGUCGGAGCACUCGCACAGGUCGACUCCACGGGCAGCAACGUAUCCCUCAGCGCAGAAUCCGGAUGCCAAAUCUCCACAUCAGAUAUUUGUUCACGGUCGGGAUCAGCGACGGUCACAAUCCCAGAAAGAGGCGCAUCGACACCACAGAUCGAGUUUGCACCCGUCAACCGCCCGUCCUCUGUGCCGCCAACGGGGGCCAACACGGCAGUCCUACCCGACAUCUCCAAUGAAACUCGCUCUGCGUCUCUCAACAGCAUACACAACACAGCACCCAAACGCGCACCCAGUACUAUAAAGAGGACUGCACGACAUCACAUACCGCACCGCUUCUCCAUCAUAAAUAAAUCCACGCGUAUCGCCGUCCUGGGCGAGAUGCUGACCAGAAACUGCGACAUAUUCACCCAUGUCAGGUGUUCUGUCAACAUGCCUGCCAGUUGCCAACUAAGCCCAGGCCUAGAGAAAAUGGCUUUAAGCCAAAAUGCGAUGAAUGCCGAGCACAAUUCAUCGCACAGCGCAGUCUCAUUCAACCCAGUGACGACCGCCAUGUCGCCCGCCCAUAGUCGCAGAGCCCCGCCAUAGCCGAGAUUUUGAUUGUAUAUUGAUUGC